AUGGCGCAGCUGAUCCCAAACCCCUGCUACGUUGUUGAAGUAAGUAAUCCCAAUGAGAUAUGGAAAACUGAUUAUGACAUCCUCAACAAACAUGCCCCACUUUUGGGUAUCCAAAUCACCUUCUGCAUCUUCAUUACCAACCUUUUCCACACCAUCCUCAAACCCCUUCAUCAGCCUCGUAUUGUAGCUCAGAUUCUCGCUGGGUUCUUUCUAAGCCUUGUUAUUGCUGUAGAUGACAAUUUAGUGGACAUAUUUCUGCCUGCUAGAGGAAUUCUAAAUCUUGAAACAUACACAAAUUUCGGGAUCAUGGGCUACGUCUUCCUUAGUGGAUUAGAAAUGAAUUUGGAUACCAUCUUACAAGUUGGAAAGAACGAUGCAGGCAUCGCCCUUCUUGGCAUGAUCAUUCCAACGGCAAUGGGAAUAGGCCUCUUUGCUUUGAUACAAAAAGUUUACGAAAUGCCUCCAAACUGGAGUUUUCAAGAAGAUGACAUGUAUAUGAGAAAAGCUUAUUUGUUUUGGUGUUUAGCUCUGCCUAUCUCGAGUUUUCCACUGCUUGCUCGGAUCCUCACUGAUCUCAAGCUUCUUUAUACUAAGCUAGGCAAAGCUACCCUAAGAGCAGCCUUGUUUAGCGAGACUUAUGGUUGGGUUCUUUUUAUAGCAUUAAUUCCAUUUUCUAGAGACGUUGCGGCAGAGGCAAUCUUGUCGGUGUUGAGUACAAUGAUGUUCAUCCUUUUUUGCAUCUUCGUGCUACGUCCUUUCAUAACAAAAUACAUCGAUCAAAACACCCAUCCAGAUAAGCAGAACAAUUCUGCAUUGGCAUUUCUACUGUUAGGAGCUUUUGUUUGUUCAUAUGUUACAGAUUUCCUCGGAACCCACCCUGCUGUCGGGUCUUUUGUGUAUGGACUGAUCUUACCAAAUGGGAGAUUCACCGACUUGGUGAUGGGAACACUAGACAACUUUGUUUCUGGAGCCAUAUCACCUUUCUUCUUCUUUCGCAUUGGCUUGAAUGUGAACUUGAUGGAACUUGCACAUCAAAAAUAUUGGCCCUUGAUGGUCGUAGUUAUCCUAUUGUUAUCCAUUCCAAAAGUUUUAAGCACUCUAAUUGCCACCUUCUUCUUUGAAUUGCCCACUCAAGAUAGUAUUGGCAUGGGACUGCUUCUCAACUCCAAAGGGGCCUUGGCACUAAUAAUACUAAACCUGGCUUUGGACAGAAAGAUUUUUUCUGUGGUGCUCUAUACAAUCAUGGUGUUUGCAGUUCUUGUGAUGAAUAUCAUGGCACCUCUUUUCAUUAACUUCAUGUACAAACCAAGAAAAAAAUUCGAGAAUUUCAAGCUAAGGACUAUUGAAAUGUUAAAGAAUCACGCCGAGCUUCGAAUUCUAAGCUGCGUCCACAAUAUUCACCAAGCUACUUGCAUGGCCAACCUCUUAAAAACUUUCAAUGCUAACAGAAUUUCUCCUCUGCGAGUGUUCGGAGUUCACCUUGUUGAACUCAUUGGACGUGCAGUUGUGGCCACUACUCUUUUGGUUGAUCAGAUGGAGCAACCAACCCAUUCUGGAUCACCAGAUUCCAUACAAUCACAACCAAAGUUAAAGAGUAUUACCAAUACCUUCAACACUUUACAAGAGGAAAAUAACGCUAUUAGAGUCGAGAACUUGCAUGCUAUGUCUGCUUAUGAAACCAUUUACGAGGAUAUACACAACUUAGCAGAGCAAAAUCGAACGUCCUUAAUUCUCCUUCCUUUUCAAAAACAAAAUGGGGUAAUAGGCGGUCGAACAGAGGCAACUGACGAAGCCUACAAAGACAUAAACCUUAAGGUUAUUCAGCAUGCGCCAUGUUCUGUGGCACUCCUUGUUGACCGUGGUCUCGGAUCGAUAUCUAAGACCAACUUACGCAUAGUGAUGCUCUUUGUUGGAGGACCUGAUGAUCGUGAAGCCUUGGCCGUUGCUUGGAGGAUGGUUGGGAUUGGGAAUCUAGGGAACACACUCUCUGUGGUGCGGAUUGUUCUAGUUAGUGAAGCUGCAGAAGCUGGUAUAUCAACCAGGAAUGAUGAUACUCAAUGGCCUUCAUCAACAAGAGUGGAUGAUGAGAGGCAACAAGCUUUGGAUGAAGAGUAUAUGGAUUCAUUUAGAUUCAAGGCAGUGUAUAACAACGAAUCUGUAACAUACUCAGAGGAGGAAGUUCAUAACGGGGAGGAGUUAAUUGCAUUGCUACAAGAAUUGGACAAAGUAGAGUGUGAUCUGUGCAUAUCUGGACAAGGAAAUGGUAGGAACACAAUAGUGUUUUCAAGUUUUAUGGAAUGGUGUGACAAUCCAGAACUUGGAGUUAUAGGAGACAUAGUGGCAUCAAACUCUUCGCUUUCUUCACUACUUGUUGUGAAGCAAUAUGGGCAUGAAGAAAUGGUGUUUGGGAGACAAAAUCAACACACCAGGACUGGUGUGUCUAAUGAGGCACAUAUUGUAUAA